AUCACUCCCUACAGUUUAAACUCCGGGUUCAGUUUUUGUUGUCCAACAUUUUCCGGAAACGCCGGGUAAAGUGCUGAAAACACAAACAAGCAUGGAGGGAACAACUUCUGUCUCUGCUGAAUUGAGGGAACGUUCUUUAUUACCGAAUGAAAGAAUCAAGGUGGAGUGAAGUAAAACGGUAAGCGACCGAAAAGCGCCUUUAUAGCCGGUAUUUGACUCGGUUAUAUGUAGCUGUGUGGCUAGCUAAAUUGCUAACUGCUAGUAGACGCUAGCAUAGCGCCCCUUAGCCUCAACUCACGUGUCAAAAGGCAUUUUUAAUGUUUACAUACGCACGGCGUAAUUUCAUUUUUUUCUAAAGAAUUUCCCUAUCCAGCCGGUGGCACAUUUAUAAGAACCUUUAAGUUCUCGUAAAUGAAACCUUAGCCACCACUUUUUGAUAGCAGUGCGGACAGCUGCCGUUGGGCGGUGCUGUUUAGCUACAGUUGUACCAUGGACUUUACUGACGAAAAUGAAGUUGAAGAUGGUGUGGAAGUCGCCAAAGACGAAUCGUUCUUUAUUGACGACUGCAGCGGUUCAGAUGGUGAAGGAGAAAUUAAGUUGGGAUUGCAAAAACAUCACACAAGCUGCAAAGAAACUGCACGCCUCAACAGGGAGAGCUCUCCUCCGCUCCUCCUGGCCUUCUCCGUCUCCUCUGGAAGGACUCCGCAGGACUCCAGCCUGGCUUCUGAUGUUGACUGGGAGGAGGAGGAGGAGGAGGACAGCGACCAGUCUAUCGAGGAGUGGAUGAUCCUGGAAGGAGAGGAACAGGCGGGGGACUCCAGCAUCCAGCUCAACCUGAGCUACUGGAAGAACUCAGAGGAUGACUGUGGAGAUAAAGGUGUCAAAGAUGAAAGUAUGAAAUCAAUCAAAGAUAUCUGGGCUGUAUCAGAGAAAGACAAGUAUGGUGCUGAUCAGUCUCUGGCCAGCCGCUACUUUGUGCCUGGUCAGUCUCUGAUGUGUCACAUCUGCAACAGGAUGGGACACCUUGCCAAAAGCUGCUACCUCUACAAAAAGAAACGUCCUCCUUGUGUCCUUUGUGGGAUCCAGGGCCACGUCCAGAGGGACUGUCCAAACCGCCCCUGCCCCAGCUGUGGACUGCCUUCACACGGCCUCAGACCCUGUGAAAUACCACCCAUGUGGAACCAACACUGCCAACGCUGUGGGAUCACUGGGCACCUUUCUGAUACCUGCCCCGAUACAUGGAGACAAUACCACUUUACAACAAGGUUAGAAGUUCCCCUUAGACCACGGACGGCCCACAACCUCAGACACAGGAGAUGCUGUGUUUAUUGUUACAACUGCUCCAAAAAAGGACAUUAUGGCUAUGAGUGCACGAACAGGAGGAUGGUCAGUGGCACUUUUCCUUCACUGCCUUAUGUUUGCCACUAUGCCACCAUAGAUGACAUUCUCUGCUGUCAUACCAGGAUGCAGAAAAGAGCCAGAGAGCUUGUGAGUGCUGGAUCCCUGCCUCCAUCAGACCCAGAACACUUGUCUGAAAAAACAGGUGAGAGUGGUGAGGAGAAUCUGUCAGUUCAGGGGAGGAGCAGGACAAAACGGGAGGCGUGCAACCAAGCUGGCAGGAGGAAGACGUGGCCAGAAAGGCGCAGAGAGAGACGUGAGGUGAAGCGACUGAGGAGGGAGGCCCAGGCCAUGCGGGAAGGAGGACUACUGAGGAGGUCCCAUCAUAACUGUAAUGAUGAAGUCUGUCCCACAGAUCCAUUCAGAGACACUUUCCACAAUCGCAUUCAGUCCACACCUCCACCACAGAAGGAGAGGAAAAGCAAGAUAGGUGACAAAAAAAGCAGAAAGAGCAGAGAGGCCGAGAGGUGGAAGAAAAGAGGUGGGAUGAAACGUGGUGAUUUGUUUCCCCAUGGUGACGCAGACAUUGGAAGUGAAAACCUUUUUUCUCCAAAGCAAAGAGUACGCCAUAGAAGAAGAUGAAGUGUGAUUCAAACAAAACAAGUUUUUAUUGUGAAAUGUAACAUAAUAACAUAAAAUGUGUUUUGUCUCAUG